GACUUCACCGCAACAUCUCAGACGCCUUGACUCGUGGGCAGAAGGACACAAAAUGUUUGCAGUAACAGUUUGUAUCCUGGGGUUGCUCCAUAUGAGCACUGCCUGCAGCUUGGUGAGCGUCUGUACGGACCUGACUUCUGUCCAGCAGGAGAUUGUGGAUGUGCACAAUGCCUACCGAAGAGCUGUGGUUCCGUCUGCCAGCAACAUGCUGAAAAUGAGCUGGAGUGAUGCAGUGGCACAGUCAGCUCAAUCCUGGAUUGAUCAGUGUAACAUGACACACGGACCACCAAGCAGCCGCAUGAUUGACGGAUAUGAAAUGGGUGAAAAUCUCUUCAAGGGCUCUGCGGAUUAUUCAUGGACUGAUGUGGUAAACGCCUGGCACAGCGAAGUCAACAAUUAUAAAUAUCCCACAGGAUCCACCAACGGUCAGCCUAUUGGACAUUACACACAGGUGGUGUGGUACAGCUCGUAUGAGGUCGGCUGUGCCGUAGCUCAGUGUGGAAGCUCCUACUUCUACGGAUGUCAUUACUACCGCGCAGGGAAUUUCAGAAGAGUCUCGCCGUACUCUCUGGGUGAUCCGUGUGCCUCCUGCCCGGACGACUGUGAAGACGGUCUGUGCACAAAUCCCUGUCCAUACAUCGACAUGUUAUCCAAUUGCGAUAAAUUGAAAAAAAUGGCCACUUGUGACCACUCCUUUGUGAGCAAGUUGUGUCAAGCCAGUUGUCUGUGUGAAGACAAAAUCGUUCCUGUUGCAAGGAAAUGAAAUCUUCUAUGGCCACAUCAUAUGAAGUACGGCCCUUUUUGGAUAGUUGUAGCACAUCUUUCCUAUAAUGUGAAAUAUAUAUUCUAACUUUUCUUUCUUUCCAUUUCUAUUCUUUUUAUGUGAAAUCUCAAAUAUGAUGGUUAUUAAAAAUAAAGGGUAUUGUACUUUGAUAAUA